UCAUGCGCGGCCCCGGAGGACGGUGCGGCCCGCCGGGACUGCUGGGAAUAUGGCGGGCACGGGACUUGCUGCCGUGGCGGCCUGGGUACCCCGCCGGAGCUGGGGCUGGGCAGCCAUGUCCCUCGGUCCCCACCGUGACUUCAGUACGUUACUUGCACGGAAGCCCCCGCGGGUGCCCCGGUGGCUCCCAGCUUGCAGACAGAAGGCAUCGGUUUCUUUCCUUAAGCGACCAGACCUUCCCAAACUGGCUUAUAAGCAACUAAAAGGCAAAAGUCCGGGAAUUAUCUUCAUCCCUGGCUAUCUCUCUAAUAUGAAUGGUACAAAAGCAUUGGCAAUUGAGGAGUUUUGCAAAUCCCUAGGUCACGCCUAUAUAAGAUUUGAUUACUCAGGAGUUGGAAGUUCAGAAGGCAACUUAGAAGAAUGCACAGUGGGGAAAUGGAGAAAAGAUGUUCUUUCUAUAAUUGAUGAAUUAGCUGUAGGACCACAGAUACUAGUUGGAUCUAGCCUUGGUGGCUGGCUUAUGCUUCAUGCUGCAAUUGCACGGCCGGAAAAGGUCAUGGCACUUAUUGGUGUGGCUACUGCUGCAGAUGGCCUGGUGACAAAGUUUAAUCAGCUUCCUGUUGAAGUAAAAAAAGAAGUAGAGAUGAAAGGUAUAUGGACCAUGCCAUCAAAAUACCAUGAAGAAGGCGUUUACCACAUUCGGUACAGUUUCAUUAAAGAAGCUGAGCACCACUGCUUGCUGCACAGCCCUAUUCCUGUGACCUGCCCUGUCAGAUUGCUGCAUGGCAUGAAGGACGACAUCAUUCCUUGGCACACGUCCAUGCAGGUUGCUGACCGGGUGGUCAGCAAAGAUGUAGAUGUAAUCCUCCGGAAAGAUAGUGACCACCGAAUGAAGGAGAAAGCAGACAUUCAGCUUCUUGUUUAUACUAUUGAUGACUUAAUUGAUAAACUUUCAACUGUAGUUAACUAGAAUCGUGCUUUUGGUUGGUAUAUAAGCUCACAUAUCCAAAAGAUUAGCAGAGGAACAGCUAGUCAUAAAUCUUCAUAUUUUAAGUUCUUCCCUCUACCUCUCUUUUGUAAAUAUUGGGUAAGUAUUUAUCUAAUGAUGUAUUUGCAUAAACUGUACAAAUUGUGAAAAAGAAAAAAAGUAUACUGACUGCUGUUUGGAAAUUUUCUUCUUCAGAUCUUAAUUUUCUUUCUAUUAAAAUAUCUCAUUUUA